GGCAGCCUAAUCACCGUUACUUUUUGGUGGUGUGAUGGGGGUGCGGGGGAAGUAAGGUACGAGAUGACACUAAAAGCAAACUAAAAAUGGGAUGGAAAGGGAGUAAGAGAUUCUGUGGUGUAUGUAGGGGGCAGGGAAAAGGGACCAUGGGAAACAUGAAAAGUUUGGAUUUUGGGAAGACCUCAUCUUCCCCCCAAUAUUUUAUAAUGAAUACGUAAGUUGACUUAACUAUAGUAAGACGUCCCGGGUGAGUUGCUACCAUUGAUAUUUGGCAUCUUACAGAUACAAGACAGUCCACCACGUGUGAUGUUGACACGCAUGACGUCACGUUGACCCAGCUUUUGCGCAAAAUGCACAGGCAGUCGGCUGUUUCCGCUUCUUGGUGAAGAGAAUCAAGGUUUACAACAUGGAAUAAACGAACCUUAAGAUUAUAAUAACUUUUAGACCAGGUAGGUCAGGCGUAUGGCAGUAGAAUCCGAUAAGUAUGUCGACAGAGAAAGAAUCAGCCAAGCAAAACCAAUUCAAACUGUACUUGGUGAGGAUUUCGCCAUGUUGUCGUAUAGUAUGGCUCUACCUACUGCAAAAUAAGUUGCCAGUGGAAAUAUCAGAUGUGGACGUGCUUGAAGGUGAACACAAAAGUGAUAAUUUUACUGCAUUAAACCCCCACCAUGAAGUACCAGUAUUGGUGGAUGGUAAGACAGUCGUAUUUGAAGGAAUAGCGAUUCUAAGAUAUUUGGCCUAUAAGUACACUAGUUAUUCUGGCUGGGGCAAGACGUUGGGAGACAGAGCUAAUGUUUUGUCGGUCAUGAACUGGGCUUGCUGCAGUCUUCACAGGGUUCUUGGUUACAGAUACGUCUAUCCACAUUUUCUCGAAAAGUAUCACCUUAAAACACACGAUGACACCGAAAUAAUGGUCGAAAAGGCGGCUGAGCAACUGACAAAGCACUUGGAGGUUAUGGAGAAUUUUUAUUUGAAGAAAUCCCCAUUUUUAUGCGGCAAGGACCUCACUAUAGCAGACAGUUAUGCUGCUACUAUUCUUUGCCAGUGCGAGUGGCUGGACUUCGAUAUUGGCUUGUGGCCGCGUGUUUCAGCCUGGUUUAAGAAGGUCAAAGGUCAGGAACUUUGGGGAAAAGUACACGAAAAACACGAAGAAUUUUUGCAUCGGUUGAGUAAAUAUCCCCAUGAAUAGCAUCAAGAGUAAAAUAAACAUUUAAAUAUAUUGGAAUAUAUUGUUAAUAUAAAAGGAAGUUAGCAUGUAUAUGUUGAUAAAAUCUUAUUUAAGUAAUUAUGAAAACCUUUCUUU